AACACAUUCUAAUUCAAGCAUAAACCAGAUUAAUUAAACUCUCUUAAAACAUCAUUUAGUAUGACAGGUUCUGGUUCUCCUUGUGGAGCCUGCAAGUUCUUGAGAAGAAAAUGUAUUAGGGGUUGCAUUUUUGCACCUUACUUCUGCCAUGAACAAGGCGCCACCCACUUCGCGGCCAUCCACAAGGUUUUCGGGGCAAGCAAUGUGGCGAAAUUGCUUGCUCAACUCCCCUUGAGUGAUCGAUGCAGAGCCGCGCUUACAAUCUCAUACGAAGCUCAAGCUAGGGUUCAAGAUCCUAUUUAUGGCUGUGUUUCCCAUAUUUUUUCUCUCCAACAACAGGUUAUCAGUUUAGAAGCACAACUAGCUUCAGUCAAGGAACAAGCAGCUAAAGGCUACUCCAGCAGUAACUUCCAAGGUUGGCAUCAGUCGGAAAAUUCCAACAUACUGAUGCCACAAAGUGUGAUUAAUGAAUCAAUGACACCAUUAUACUCCGGAAACAAGAAUCCUAACUCUUUCGGGGCAAACGCAAAUUUCAUGAUUCCAGAAGUACUUGAUGACAUGUACGGAGAUCCUUCUAAUUCCAUGUGCUCAUUAGACAUGCAGAUGAGCAAUAUGUCAUGGGGUUUUGAUCAAGAUCAUGACUGACGACGGAUCGUGAACUUCAGUCAUCAGCAGCACUCGCCGGAAUAUUAAUUAAUGCAACAAAUGUGAAGAGGGUUUUGCAAAUUUUUAUUGAGACAUAAGCUAGCUGACUAAGAACCCUAGGAGUGCUCAUACAGCACUCACAAAUAUUUUUUCUAAAACAUGCUGUACGGUAUUUUUCUCACCCUAAUAAUGUGAUAUGGCCAGUACUAUAU